GAGCCAGUGGUGCUGACAGAUACGAAUCUGGUUUAUCCUGCCCUGAAAUGGGACCUGGACUACCUGCAGGAAAACAUUGGCAAUGGGGACUUCUCGGUGUACAGUGCCAGCACACACAAGUUUUUGUACUAUGAUGAGAAGAAGAUGGCUAAUUUCAAGAACUUCAAACCCAAGUCAAGCAGGGAAGAGAUGAAGUUUGCUGAGUUUGUGGACAGACUCAAGGAAAUACAACAAAAAGGGAGUGCUGAGAGGCUAUAUCUGCAGCAAACUCUGAAUGACACAGUUGGAAGGAAGAUUGUGGUGGAUUUCCUUGGCUUCAACUGGAACUGGAUUAACAAGCAGCAAGGGAAACGUGGCUGGGGUCAGCUGACUUCUAACUUGCUUCUGAUUGGCAUGGAAGGGUGGAAUGUGACACCAGCUCAUUAUGACGAGCAGCAGAACUUCUUUGCUCAGAUUAAGGGUUACAAGAGGUGUAUCCUGUUCCCUCCUGACCAGUUUGAAUGCCUCUACCCUUAUCCUGUGCACCACCCAUGCGACAGACAGAGCCAGGUGGACUUUGACAAUCCUGACUAUGAGAAGUUCCCAAACUUCCGGAGUGUGGUUGGCUAUGAGACCGUGGUGGGUCCAGGAGAUGUGCUGUACAUACCUAUGUACUGGUGGCACCACAUUGAGUCUCUUCUGAAUGGGGGGAUUACCAUCACUGUGAACUUCUGGUACAAGGGUGCCCCAACCCCAAAGAGAAUUGAGUAUCCGUUAAAGGCUCAUCAGAAAGUUGCAAUAAUGAGGAACAUUGAGAAGAUGCUGGGAGAAGCCUUAGGAAAUCCACAGGAGGUGGGUCCCUUGUUGAAUAUGAUGAUUAAGGGACGGUAUGACUAAUGCCUGACUGCUGGGUGACUGAUGUUGGAGCUGCUUUGUUCACAAGCAAUGGAAGAUACUGAGCGCUAGUAUUGCACGCAGCACUUAACAGACUGAUGGGUUUCCUGGCCUGUCCUGGCCCCACUACAAUACAGGGGGCUACUGGAACUGCAAAACCAUUAGUACCCCAUUCAUCCUCCACUCUCAUCUAACUGAACCUCCCAAGAAAGAGUCUGCACUUAUUGGAAGCUGGAUUCAUGCUCACUAACUUGUGUUUUUUUCUCCCUCUGCCCUGUUUGCCACAACAAGGAGCAUGGCUUCUGGCACUUGGAUGUGUUACUUCAGGAUUUUCAGGCAUUUGAAGAAGAGCUUGGAGGAGAACCAGGAGCGAUAUUGUUUCCUCGGCCUUGUUGGGGUUUGGACCUCCUGGCUGGGUUUAUGUGUUGGUGCCUGCAGUGGAUAUAAGGUGGGAAGUGAUAGGUUUUCACAGUCCUCUGUUGUUAGAGGACUUGUCCAUGCUCAACUCUGGCACCUUUUUUUAU